UUGUGGUCCUUGCAGCCAUAUUUGCCACAGCAACACUGCUGGGAGUGAAUCAGGAACUGGAAUUAGGCCAAAACAAAAUGAUUCACAGCCUGUUUCUCAUAAACUCUGCCGGCGACAUAUUUCUGGAGAAGCACUGGAAGAGUGUGGUGAGCCGCUCUGUAUGCGACUAUUUCUUCGAGGCCCAAGAGAAGGCUGUCGAUGUUGAAAAUGUGCCCCCGGUCAUCCCCACGCCUCACCACUACCUCAUCAGCAUCUACCAGGACAAAAUCUUCUUUGUGGCAGUCAUCCAGACCGAAGUGCCGCCACUCUUUGUUAUCGAGUUCCUGCAUCGGGUGGUAGAGAUGUUUCGGGAUUACUUUGGUGAGUGUUCUGAAGCUGCCAUUAAGGAGAAUGUAGUUACAGUGUAUGAGCUUCUGGAGGAGAUGCUAGAUAAUGGCUUUCCUUUGGCUACAGAAUCCAACAUACUGAAAGAACUUAUCAGGCCUCCAACAAUUCUGCGAUCUGUUGUCAAUUCCAUUACAGGAAGCAGUAAUGUUGGAGAGACAUUGCCUACUGGACAGCUCUCCAUUAUCCCCUGGAGAAGGGCUGAAGUGAAGUACACAAAUAAUGAAGCCUAUUUUGAUGUUGUUGAAGAAAUUGAUGCUAUUCUAGACAAAUCGGGUUCAACUGUGUUUGCAGAAAUCCAGGGUGUUAUAGAUGCUUCUAUCAAGCUAUCAGGGAUGCCUGACCUGACAUUAUCAUUUAUGAACCCCAGGCUUUUGGAUGAUGUCAGUUUCCACCCUUGUGUCCGCUUCAAGCGCUGGGAGUCGGAGCGAGUUCUCUCCUUUAUUCCCCCAGAUGGAAAUUUCCGCCUGAUGGAUUACCAAGUCAGCUCCCAGAAUUUGGUUGCAAUCCCAGUAUAUGUGAACCACAAUAUUAAUUUUAAGGAAAGUGGAUCAUCAGGGCGUUUUGAUGUUACUGUUGGACUGAAGCAGAACAUGGGAAAGAGUGUGGAAGGAGUUAUAAUGACAGUCCACAUGCCAAAAGUGGUGCUUAAUAUGAAUCUAACUCCAACCCAAGGCACCUACACAUAUGAUCCAGUCACUAAGAUUUUAACUUGGGAUAUUGGAAAGAUAAACCCUCAGAAAGUACCAAAUCUUAAAGGAGUAAUCUGUUUACAGUCUGGGGCACCAAAACCAGAGGAGAAUCCCAAUCUGAAUAUUCAGUUCAGAAUCCAGCAGCUUGCAGUUUCAGGUAUAAAAGUGAAUCGUCUAGAUAUGUUUGGAGAGAAGUACAAACCAUUCAAAGGAGUUAAGUAUGUCACCAAAGCAGGAAAGUUCCAAGUUAGAACAUGAAGUAUAAUGCCAAAGUUUACAUGUUCCACUGCGAGGGCUGGAGAAAUGCUGGCACAUCGAGGGUCCCUUUUGCUACCUGACUAACUAGCCAUAGACAAAAUGCUAAAUAUAAUUUAGGUUUUAUUUUCUUUAGCAUAUCCUGCACAUUUCCCUGAGGUACAAUAUAUAGUCAAUAUUUAUCUGAUUAUCUAACCAUAUAGUAAAUGAACUUCUAAACCUCUACACUUAAGCACAAUCGUAUCCUUGGUAGUCAAGUAGUUUGCAUGUAAUAACAAUGUAUAUUAGUGUGUUCCAUGUUGCACCAUUAGAUUUCUAAACACAUUUCCAAUGUUUUCAUGCUGUGUUUGCCUUAAAGAAAAUAACUAAUUUUGUGUUUCUGGAAAUAUACUGCCAUAUAUGAGCCUCUUUAAAAUAUGCCCAAAACAGUUGCCUUAUCUGUUGAACCACUCCCCAACAACAAUCAUGCUUGUCCUUUUUGAUUUGUAUUCUUUAUGCAAUAUUUCAGUUGUAGUAGACACAAGAACCAGCCCGUGAUGCGAGUGCUUCUCUUAACACUGUUUUUAAUGUAUGUUACACAGUAUCUUUUUGCAAUCAUAGCACAAGAUAAUAGGUUGUUCAUAAUACAAAAAAUGAAGGGGAACAGCAAUUAUUUUCUUAAAUUUGUUUUAAUGAAUGUUUAAUAAAGUUUGUGUUCAUUCUUUCAAAAAAUAGAUACAUAAAUCCAGAUCUGGCCUCUAUUGCCUUGUGUUGUAAGUGUUCCACUUAGAAAAAGGAAUUGGUUACACAUCUAAAACUUUAAUUGUAGGAUGCUGUCACUCACCUCAAAUUCCACAAACACAAAAUCAAAAAACUGCAAAAAGCUUCAAUGUUAUAAAAUAUUUUAUUAUAAAAAUGCAGUGAGUGACACAAGGCAGCUAACAAGUCUACAUUUGAACUCAAACCUAUUACAAGAUACAACAGUGAUCAAGGAGUGCCCAGGACCUUCAGAUGCUACAUAGAAUUGUGUGGACCAGCUGUGUAAAUUAUUCAAGAUCUGUCCUUAAUUAUCCAUGCCUGUCUGCAGCAAGCAAAUUUAGAGAUUUAAAUCUAUAAAUGUUUUUAAUCCUCUUUU